AUGAAUGUCCAUGCCGACUUUGUCCCAAGCGCGCGAAAUGACAACGCCUGCACACAUCCUAAGACCGGCUCUACCUCCAACACUCUCGACGCAAAUAGCAUGCCCUCAACUCCAGAACCACGCAAACAUCCGGUAUCAGGACCACUGAACGCAGGUGCUGGGGUCUACUUUCCAGGUACUUGCAGAUGGAACCCAUACGUCUUCGAAGUCCAGUGCGACUUCGACGCUGAAGCACUCUAUCACCAACGUAGAGUGGAAGAGAUGGCAGCAGACGGAGCACAUGCAUCACAGUUGCAUGUCCAGGGUUUCCAUUUUCCUACCUCUUCGAAUCGAUUUGACCACAUCCCCCCCGUCUUCACAGCCUUCCGGAAUUUCGAGAGGUUUCCACUCAUAAAAGCCAAAUAUGAAGAGGGUACUCGCGAGGCACGUGAGUCGUCGAGACGAUCCUUCGUCCAGUACAUGCACGAUGGAGACAAAGAAAUCGAGGAGGAGGAGGAGGAGGAGGAGGAGGAGGAGGAGGGCGACACCUGGAGGAUCACAGAUCCCCAGUCCGAUUAUCAGUGGCUCCGCCUCGCGGAUCUACAGGGCUUAAAGUGUAUCCACCACUUUAACGUUUUUGGUCGACCGGUCCUCACGAAGUCGGAUACAGCUCCGGCGACCACAAUCGCCAUCUUGAAGUCGACCCCAAAGCACCUCAAUGUCACCACUCCCGAUGGGCUGUGGAAGAGCACUGUCAUGAAUUGUGCUCAGCAGCUGCUGGAUCCUGUCCUCUACUACGGCAAGAAGGAGAUUCUGGAAUCUCUUCGUGGAUCCGAACUGGAGAACGCUUGCAUAGGAAAAUGCCUGAAAACCUACAGUCGGCAUGGCUGGUGGGUCCAUGACUACUAUGGACCUGAAGAACACCAUGUCAUAGCCGAUUCCCUCAAUCCAUCGUGGUAUCCCGACCCUACACAGUUCAUGGUGAUCAACGGCAUCACGGAGGGCUUCGGCCAUCGGGUCGACAUCAUCACUGCUGCCACGCAUGAAAAGGAGAAGGAGGAUGCAGCCCGCAAGACUGCGUUCAAUGCCAGGCUCGCACAAGGCCGGAAACCGUCUAAGCUUGGUCUCUCUUGCUUUACGCAUGAAGAUGUCGAAGAGGUACCGAGCUUGACUUCUCGCCCCAGGGCUACAUCAUCCUCCCUAAGUCACUCAGCUUACCCCACGGUCAGCCAACCUACCACAAUCGCGAAGCCAGUGCAGGAACCCGCUGGCCCAUCAAGCGAGAUUGUCGUUCCUGAUCGAUAUACAACAGGAGGCUCGCUAUCUCGUGAAGAGUGGAAGCGGCGUCUUGCUGCGACAGAAGACCGGCAUGUAGCAGCUCGUUGGGCGGAUGACGAAGAUGAGGACGAAGAGGAAUGGCAAGAGGAGUGUGUGGGUGCACCUGGACCCUCCUCUUCUGCCGAGGCCAUGAUUGAGGACGAAAAUCCACAGAGAGGCAGCAAUAAGCCAUCUGUGGAUGAAGAAGUUGAGAGCACGGAAACCUCUCAUGCCAACGAUGAUCGUCGCGUGUCCUCCUCAACGGCAGCUACAACCGUCGAGCACUCCCGCGCUUCGAGUGUUAGCCUCAGUGAGACCCCGGACACAUCUCUCCCAGUGUCUGACAAUGAAGAUGGCGGGUCAAAAGCCGUCACUGACGACGAGAGUGCCAGCAUCUGUGAUGGAGCAGAGAGUGCCGUUGGUGCGGAAGGGGUUGAGGAGGCUGAAGAAGAGCUUCCAGCCUCAAGCGUCCACACGCACGCCAGCAGUCUUCACACUCGCCUCGACGCUAUCGAAGACGCGAUGCAAACGGCUGCCACGCCAUCAGCAUCACUUGUGCCUGUCACUCCCGUGAUUCCUCCAAGGGAUCCUCGACGCAUUUCUAGCUUUGCCAACUCGAUUUCUCUGUCACGGACUUCGACCUUGGUGGAAACUCCAGAAUCUGCCGCGCCUAUAUUUGUCGACAAUCCCAGAAUUCCUGCACCGACUCCUCGCUAUCGCGGCCUCAAUGCCAGGAGGGAUCCUCCGGUUGACGCCCUCACGCCAACUGAUCCUUUGCCAAGUGGACCUCGACUAACGGUUCAUCGAUUCCCGAAUGGUGCUAUCACCAUGACGCUCCCUGGCCAACAACUCGGACUUGUUCGAAGUCCCGCGGUGCGCUUUGAUCAGCUGCCUGCAGAUUUUGGCAAUGCAUCUUUUCGACGUGCUGCUGUACCCCCAACUAGGAUUCUGAACAGAUCGACCCCUAGGACUGAACACGUCUCUCCAGGUGUUGGAGAAGUUGCACACGCUGCAGAGGACGCCUCUCUCAGUGGUGCAGCCAUGCAUCGAUCUCAGGCGUCGCCUUCAAUGGCAAUUAUCCUAUAUCGCAGGCCUGUGCCACUCAAUAACGCCAUGGUCCGAUACCUCCAGGCUUGGAAUCGCCUCCUUGCCAAUGCCACAUCGAACGGUGAAUAUUUCUGGCAAUGCGUUCUUCGAAGGGUUUGCAUCGAAAACUAUUUGGACGCGCUUGCACUAGAGAGAUGCGCGGCUAUCUACGAGGUCGAUGGCAGCGAGGUUGACGAAGACCAUGCGAUCUCAGGUGGUGCCAUAUUUACUUUCGUCGACGACGGUGGUGCUAUUGAAGAGGAGAUCAUUGGCAACAGAGUACAACCCGACGUGGCACAAUCUCACAACGCCGAGUUCAACGUUGGUGUGAUCGGUGAUAUCUCUCCAGAGAGCACCGCGCAAGAAGAGCAUGUGUCUAGCUCAGCGCCAGUGCCGCCUCCACAGCCAUCGCCGGCUUCCAUUGGCCCUUCAACAACCUUCCGCCCUCGACGCGAACGCCGCCGUUCCCGAUUUGCCCUUUCCCCGAUUCGAGAAGCAUCAUCGAAUGCCACGGCCGACCCUAGUCUUCCAGUGCAGGAGACUCUUCACAACACCCCGUCCCCUACCUCUCCGUUGCCGUCCUCAAACCCAUGCGCUCUCACGAACGAAGUGUCGCGCUUCUCAUGGACAUCAUCCGAAGCCUCUCCAGAGGCGGAAAGCCAUGAGGGAAACUACCAAGGAGGGGAUGACAGUGAUGCCCAGGAAUACGCAAGAAAGAAACAAGACGAGGUACUUCAGCCUGUGCCCUGCCUGCCAUUUUUUCAGCGCACACGCAUGGAUUGUCGACAUGCCAGCUUGGCCGCUACGCAUAGGAGAAGACUUCAAAAGCGCCGACCACCAACCCAAAAGACGCAGGCGACCUCAUCAUCCACCGCCAUCAACGCAAGCGUCACCAGCGCGCUAAAGGGUGCGUCGGCAAAGACAAAGGGUCUUUGGAAGAAAGGCUGGCAGAAGACGAAGGCAUUGUUUACGACGAAGAAUUGA